AUGAAGAAAUUUGAGGAAGCAGAAUCUCCAUUGUCUGAAGAAUUAUUUGCAAGUAAAAUAUUGUUACUAAAUGGUCAAAUUCUGUGCCAUCUUGAAAUGUUCAAUCGACUUGGUCAUUCGAAAAAACUUUUUGCCUUUAUUUCUGAAAUGGAUACAUUAAUAUCUGAAAGUUCAAAUUUGCCUACAACGUCAACCCUAAACGAUUUCCAAUCAUUCGCAAAAUCGAUGCUACUUGAGCGAAUCGCAGAUUUGCUUAUGAUUCAAUUUCCUAUUAAAAUAUCCGAAGCUAUUGAUAUAGGAAGCAGUAAUAAUAAUUUCAAAUCUUUUCUUUGUUCAAUUUCUCCUGAAAAGCUGGAGGAUUCAUUAGCCGAAACAGAUCCGACAAAUUGCGCCUCAAAAAUUUGGUUAUUAAACGAUUCUUGUGAUUUUCUGAAUCGCUUGAUCUGGUUACUUGCGUUCAAUAAAAAAUUGUCAGAUUGUUCAUUCACUUUUCUUGAUCCUUUAUUGAAAUUUUUGCCGAAAGAAGUCGAGGAUGAUAAUUUGCAUAAAUUCAACAAUUUGUCUUUAACUGAAACGGACGUUAAGAUUUUAUUACUUGCAUGCUCUUGUUGGGCAAAAUUAACUUGGCAGAAAGAUAUUUCUGGGAGAACUCCAGCCAUAUAUCCUUAUUUUUUGUUUGUUAAGCCAAGCUUACGAUUUUCUACAUUUUGGAAGAAAUUGAUAACUAGAAGCCACCAUCCGGACCAACCAAAUGCAAAUUCAUUUACAAAUUUCAUUUCUGCACUUGAAGUUUCGCGAUUGAGAAGAGAAAUACCAGAUUUGAGAAUUAUUGAUGCUGUUUUUAAAUGGUUUACUAAUAAUAGUUCAUCUGUUAGCUCAGUUUGGCCCAGUCAUUAUUCCCGAGUUCUCAUAUGUUUAAUUGAUGGUUCCUUAUUACAACCUACUAUUGCAUCAGAUAAAGCAUUUUUCCCAUCACUUGGUGAUUAUCCAACCACUGAAUUAGAAGAUUCAAUUUUUGAUAAUGCUUAUAAAUGGUUGAAUGGUAGCAUUGCAUCAGAUAUAUCAGACGAUCAAAAGGUAUUACUAAAUGAAUCUCAUAACUCAGCGUCGAAUUCAUCCGAUAUGAAGGAAAUUAUGACUUUUGAGGAUGAGACGUCUUUGAUUAACGAUAAAAAAUCGCUGAUAGAAAGAUUAGAGGAUCUCGUCCAAAAAUAUACAUUUGAAGAUCUGGAAAUAGAUUGUCUAGCUGAUUCUUCCAUUUCAUCUGAUUAUUCUCUGCAACAUGAUUUCGAUCAGAUUUGUGGCACAAAAAACGAGAUGUUGGAGAUUCAGACAAAGAUUGAUGAAGCCUGCGAAAAAUUGCAAGCAGGUUUUAAAUUUCCUAUUACAAGUGGAAAUGAUUCUGAGGAAUUAAUCGCAGCAUUCAUAAAUUGUGAAAUUGAAUCUACGAAUCGUUUUGAACGGACUUUGCGUGCAUUUUUCAGUGAAUACUCAAACAAUGCAUCAGUUUUACCAACGAUCGUUAAUCAGGCUGAAAUUCCCACUUAUAAAGAUUAUUCUAUUUCGUCUAGUGGAUCUGCUUCACUUCAUGAAAUAAAGGAAACAUUUACCCCUCAUGAUCCCAAAAAAUGUUUGGGUUGUGCCGAUGAAAACUCACAAAACAAAGCAUUGCAAAUUUUGGAUUGUCUUGCUGAUUUACCAUUUUUGGUGUCCAAUUAUACAUAG